GAAGAGAGCGGGAGGAAGAUGGCUACUACCAAGCGAGUGCUGUACGUGGGUGGACUUGCAGAGGAGGUGGAUGACAAAGUUCUUCAUGCUGCUUUUAUCCCUUUUGGAGACAUCACAGAUAUCCAGAUUCCUCUGGAUUAUGAAACAGAAAAGCACCGAGGAUUUGCUUUUGUUGAAUUUGAGUUGGCAGAGGAUGCUGCAGCAGCUAUCGACAACAUGAAUGAAUCUGAGCUCUUUGGACGGACAAUUCGUGUCAAUUUGGCAAAACCCAUGAGGAUUAAGGAAGGCUCUUCCAGACCAGUUUGGUCCGAUGACGACUGGUUGAAGAAGUUUUCUGGGAAGACUCUUGAGGAAAAUAGAGAGGAAGAAGGGCCAGAGCCUCCCAAAGUGGAAACCCAGGAGGGAGAGCCCGCUGUAAAAAAGGCCCGGUCAAACCCUCAGGUGUACAUGGACAUCAAGAUCGGGAACAAGCCAGCAGGCCGCAUCCAGAUGCUCCUGCGUUCAGACAUCGUUCCCAUGACAGCAGAGAAUUUCCGCUGCCUGUGCACCCAUGAGAAGGGCUUUGGCUUCAAGGGCAGCAGCUUCCACCGCAUCAUCCCCCAGUUCAUGUGCCAGGGCGGCGAUUUCACCAACCACAAUGGCACUGGGGGCAAGUCCAUCUACGGGAAGAAGUUUGACGAUGAAAACUUUAUUCUCAAACACACGGGAACAGGCCUGCUCUCCAUGGCCAACUCUGGCCCAAACACCAAUGGUUCCCAGUUCUUCCUGACAUGUGACAAGACGGAUUGGCUGGAUGGCAAGCACGUGGUAUUUGGGGAGAUCACGGAAGGCCUGGAUGUCUUGCGGCAGAUUGAGGCCCAGGGCAGCAAGGACGGGAAACCCAAGCAGAAGGUCAUCAUCUCCGACUGUGGGGAGUACAUGUGAGAGGGCAGCUGUCAGC